ACGGUUUCGUGAAGGAUGACUUGGAAUGCCUAUUUGUAAAUACUGGCCUUAAGUAAACUGAAAAAUGACUUUUUCUCUGAGUCACUGGAUUUUGUUUACCUACUUCACAGUGUGGAGGUGUGAUGGCGUGCAGGUUACGGUCAGAGAGGAGAAGAGGUUAUCUAUGCUCUUCUCCUCAGUGGUGCUACACUGUCACUACUCCACUACCUCCACCCAGAGUGCUGUGGUGCAGUGGUGGUAUAAGUCCUACUGUACAGAUCGAACCCGCGACUCCUUCACCUUCUCUGAGGCCUUAGGGAUGCAGGCAUCUGAGGUCGGCUCCACGUCCCAUCUGGACUGCCCUGACAACAGUCGCACGGUCCGGAUCGUGGCCUCCAAACAAGGUUCAAAAGUGACGCUGCUGCCGUACUACCAGGGACGGGACAUUUCCAUCAUCAAUAAGGCAGACCUGCGUAUCGGACAGCUGCAGUGGGGAGACAGCGGAGUGUACUACUGUAAGGUGGUUGUUGCCGAUGACUUGGAGGGAAAGAAUGAGGGACAGGUGGAGUUACUGGUGCUUGGUAAGACAGGCGUACUGGAUGACAUCCUGCCUGAGUUUGAGCUGGAGAUCAUGCCAGAAUGGGUGUUUGUGGGAGCUGUAGUCCUGGGCACUGUGCUCUUCCUGUUGUUGGUGGGGAUUUGCUGGUGCCAGUGCUGCCCUCACUCUUGCUGUUGUUAUGUUCCUUGCUGUUGCUGCCCAGAAACCUGCUGCUGUCCACGCCACCUUUAUGAAGCAGGUAAGAUGGCAAAGAGUGGCCAGCCCCCCCAAAUUGCCCUCUAUCCCCCUUACUACAUUCCUGGAGUUCCCAUGGUCCCCCAAGCACCACCUUCCGUGAUUGACCCCAAGGUAACCUCAGUGCCUCCAUCUGUGGUGCAGAACAACAUACCAGGAGUACGCAGUGGCUAUCGUCUUCAGCCCAGUCAGGCUCAGGACCCUAUGAAGGUUGUGUACUACAUAGAAAGAGACCUUGCCCAAUUCCACCCAACCAAGAUGGCCAGCCAUCCAUCUGGCAGCCUAUCAGAGUUGAGCUCACUGCAUGACGGAGACACAGAUUUCCGGCAAACCUUUCGGCAGGUCCAGAGGAAGGCACUCCCGGCCAUCAGUGACCAUGACGAUGAGUCACGCCUGCGCUCAGCCUCAAUAGGUCAUGGGCUGCGGCCCACACGCUAUCAAAACAACCACACUGAGGAACAGGACAGCAGGUGGAAUCCUCGUUCAGAGCACUUGCGGAGGAAGAACUUUGACACUAUAGGGCGAACUGGCUCUCUGGAUGAACUGGAGGAAUUUGCCAUGUCAUACGGCCCCCGGGGGGGGCGGCGGAGGAACUUACGUGACCUUGACCAGGACUGUGACAUGGAGCUGAGGACAUGGGACCAACGUCCGCAUUACCAGGAUGGUCCACGGCGUUUCCAUGAUGACAACGAUGAAGGUUGGCGUCGGCGUAGCCCACCGCCCUCCCCUCGAAAGAGGCGUGACACCGGCGACAGCGAACGCUACGCUUCACGUGGCCAGUCGUACGACGAUACCUACUUGAACAGUGUAUUGGAGCGCAAAGCACGCGGGCGAGGCGAUCGGGGCGGGCGACAAGACGAGGACAGCGACACACCGUCUAAGGGAAGCUCCAAGAAGAGCAGUGACUGUUACUAUAGCAGGUCGCCGAGCAACCGGCCAGAGGAGGAAGACCCCUUGCCGCCGUACUCUGAGAGAGAAGGGGAUCGGUACCAUGCAGCAGAGCCUGUGGAACGGUACAGGACUGUUGACCCCGCUAGGCGACCUUUCUCUUACACGCGUCCCCCUCAGGGGAUGUCCCACACCCUUCAGGAUCGUAGAGAGGAGAGGGACAGACCCCGAAAAUUGACCACUCAUCUAAGCAGAGACUCUCUUAUAGUGUGACAUCAUCAAAGAGGCUCGAGAUCUCCAGAGCAUCUGCCAAUCAGAGCAGUCCCGACUGGCAGCACACUGUUAACGAGGCAUCACACAUCAAGCAGCAGAGAGGUUCACCAGCUAUUCCAUGUCAUACCACUCCGCAAUGAGACAAGCAUUAUUCUUCAGAAGGGUGUGUGGUUCAUAAAAAGGAAAUGAACUAACCAGCAUAAGCAAGUGGAAUGCAGAGAAUAAAUUCUUGUUUAUUGUUUAAGAAAGAAAAGUGAGGAAUGAAAAAAUGACAGAGGAUGUGAGUUAGUGUAAGAGUGAAUCU